GUUGCUGAGAAGCUGCGCCGAUACAAGACUACUCUAAGAGUACAAUAAGAAUCCCCAGACAUCUGGGACCGCAGUAAAAUUGCAGUUGCAACCGCAAUAACAGCACCCCUCACCUGACCCAUAUACCCCUUGAACGCGCCCGCUUGCGACGCGCCCGCUCGCGACGCGCCCAGCCCGAUUGCUCAGCAACCAUGCAACUCAAAGAUCUCCUUAAGAAGAAAGAUAAAAUAAAAGAUGAGGGCGCGUCAGGGACGCCUGAGAAGGGUCCGACACUGAGCCCUGAUGUACCGGAAUUCCAGUUCUUUCGCACCACGACCAGCACCCACGAGGCUAUCGAACCACCCUCAUUCCCCGGCGACCCUACGCGCUCUGAAGCACCCCUCUUAAGCCCCAAAGACACAAGAGGGUUUGGCAGGUUCAGACGGCACUCGAAUGUCAGCAGCACAGGUUCGCAAGAGAGCAAUGGAAGGGCUAGUGAGGAUGGGACAGGGAGGCCAAGAAGUGGCACAUUGAGCGAGCGGUUGCAUUUCGGGCGAAACAAGAGUGCAAGUAGUGUCAACGUGCCGGACAACCUGCCAGACGUGGGAGGUGCAGUGGUAGCACGCAACGAGGAAGAUGAAGCGAAAUGGGAGAAGAGAGCUACGGUGCUGGUUCAAGGAGGACCACUCGGGCAGAGCGCGCCGCCGACACCCACGAUCGAGAUAAACGAUGUGAUGGCGAACAUGGGCAUGGCGCCUGCUGGGAGAUCGGGCGUGCAGAGACAGCCCAGCACUAGCGCGCUGGCGGACGAGGAGAAUAUCCAGAAGGCGAUCAGGUUGCAUGAGAAUGGUAAUCUUGAGGCGAGUACGGCGCUGUUUGGGAGAUUGGCGGAUCCGAGCGGUGCGAACAAUGCUCUCGCUCAGGUCUUGUAUGGGCUUGCGCUACGACAUGCUUGGGGCAUUGAUGCGAAUCAAGAGCAAGCAGUGCACUAUCUGUCACUUGCGGCAUCCAACAGCGCUGAAGUUGAGAAACUUGCGCUUGGUGCUGGCAUGAAGAAAGGCGGUGCUGCGAAGGGCGAGCUGGUGCUUGCUAUGUACGAGUUGGCGAACUGCUUUCGCAAUGGCUGGGGUAUCAAGAAAGAUCCGGCUGCGGCAAAGCAGUACUACGAGACGGCUGCCAAUCUAGGGGACGCAGAUGCGAUGAACGAGGUUGCCUGGUGCUAUACCGAAGGGUUUGGCACGAAGAAGGACAAGUUCAAAGCGGCUCAGUUCCUGCGCCUCGCGGAAUCGAAAGGAAACAAGACGUUAGGGAAUACUUGGAUCUGGAAGCCAAAGUACGAUCCCAAGUAGUGUUUUUGAGAUAGCACGACGAGGAGAGACCCCACCAGCAAACAACUGAGUGUUGGUUACCGCUACUUCUGAGGGUUGCACAUCAAUAACAUUCAUGAAUUCAAGAUCUGGC